AUGAUUACCACUCCGAAUGCGCUGGGAAACGGUCGCCAUCGCCGUCAAAUUUCCACCCCAGCAGCCCCAUACGAGGUCCCCACCUCGGCAAUCAUGCACCAACGUCGGUCACAUCGUCGAGGCCAAACAAUGGACUACGGGUCCUUCAACCCACAGGCUACCAUUGACCGACAAUACAUGCCAAAGACGGUUUCGCAACUGCGAGACUACUUUAACGAAAAAUCAGGUUUCCCAUCUCACCAGCGGGAUGUCCAGCAGUGUCCAUCAUAUGCAGAGGAACCCGAGCAGUCUUAUUUCCCAUCGGGACUACCUUCGCAGCAGUCCUAUCAAUACCCACCCCAGGCUUCACUCGGGGCUGAUUGCCAAGCCUUCGAUCACGAGCAAUUACGGGGCAUCCAUGCCGAGAGCCCAGCGCCCUCCUCUACUGGCGCUCCCACUAUGUCCAGGUCGGCCAGCGAGAGCUCUGAGAACACACCACUGAAGCUGGCUCUGCACCGAAUGCAGCGAGAGCAAUCUUCCAACCAACAGCACCAAAGCAACCACCAUGCCGAUUGGGAGUUGUUUGCCCAACGCAAUCUGUCUGUUGCGCCGCACGAACAGGUGACGGCCUACGUCGAGUCCAUGCAUCCAGUCUCCGUUCAACCCAAAGCUCCCUCCGCAAAGAUUCUAUCUCAGAUUUCCUCUACACAUCCCCCCCUGACCCCCGAUUCUACCCCAUUAAAAAGAUCCAUUGAUUAUUCUAUGUACAGCAAUGACCCAACACCCUGCAAGUCCCAAAGUUUUUCAUUCCCCUACACUCCUGCUACCUCUGAGAUGCAGAGAGCACAAUCUCUUCAACCGCUCCCGUUUGUCAGCCCUUUGCAGAUGAAGCAGCAAAUGCCCUCUCCCGCCAAUUCCCCGGUGAGCUCAUCGUUCACUGAGCUUGCAGACAUGCCCACCCCCAGUCCCUACGGAGUCACACCACAAAGGCCAGUGCCGUCCGUUCCAUCCUCCACUCGAGGAGCCAAGAAGCGAGCCUCUUCAAUUGUCUCAUCAUCCAUGGUUCCACCCUCCCGCGACGGCGAUCUUGAUGCUAGAGUUAAGGCAUCUGUGCAAGAGACUGGUAUCUCGAACGACGAGAUUGCCAAGUUUAUCUCUGGCCCUGACCCCAAGGACGGCAAGUGGGUCUGUCUCUUCACGGACUGUUUAUGUCGAUUUGGUCGCAAGGAAAAUAUCAAGUCACACGUCCAGACCCAUCUGGGAGACCGCCAGUUCAAAUGUGACAUUUGUGAAAAGCACUUUGUUCGUGGGCAUGAUCUCAAGCGCCAUUUAAAGACACACAGCGGUAACAAGCCUUUUGCGUGUGCCUGCGGUGCUAGCUUUGCCAGGCAGGAUGCGCUGACGCGCCACCGCCAACGGGACAUGUGUGUGGGAGGUUUCACUGGGGUCGUUCCGAAGACCACCAAGCGUGGUCGGCCACCCAAGAAGAACAAGAACAGACCUGACAUCGAUACCCGCCAAGCCAAGUCGACUCGCACUCGCCAACGUGUUGCCGAGAAAGUUACAUCAAUUGCUUCCGCUUCCACCCGCCCUACUCUGCAGGAUGCCCCCGUUUUCACCUCGCCAAAAUAUGCACCAUCAAAUGCCAUGUCGUCGUUCACGCCACCCGCUUCUCCUGGGCAGUCGUACUACGAGAUCUCCUCGCCCUCCCAAGAUUAUGAACCUUACCCUUCCAAAGUUGAGGAUGAUAUGCUGCCAUUAUCACCCCCUCAGAUGGCACACGCUCGGUAUGAACAGGCAAUGGCUCAGUAUGGUUCAAACUUUGGUUCUCAGUCAUACUCGCAAGAAUCGUUGUACAGUGAAUCGGGUCUCUCCCCCCGGGAAUUGUCCUCCCCGCACACGGCACCUACCCUGGCAGAGUCUUCUGUCGGCUCCGAGAUUGAUAUUUUCAUGUCCCAAGACCACUCUGAUGACGUACGGGAAGAAUUCGGUCAGCUCGCAACUCCCAGCCUUCCUGGAUUCUCGAGCUACCAGUUUGUGGACACCAGCGACUUCUCUGGCUCGUCCUUUUACCCAGCCAAGACCUUCUCUGGUCUUUCCAGCCUCGAAGAUGACCUUGCGGAUCCUAUUGAAUGUCUGUCAAGCGAAUUUCUUGUCGAUCCUUGA